AUGGCCUCAGUGAAUCCCUCAGGAGGCUCGCACCCCGAUUGCGACCAGGUCAUAGGCUCAGACGGCUCCAGAGAGUCUGACAGAAGGGACGAAGACGAUCAUGCUUCUCGCCCUUCGAGCCGCCUGGGUUUCAAUCGGGCCAGCUUGUCGGCAACUCCCUCUGACGCCCCCUCAAGUUCAGAGGCAGUCCAGUGGUCUCGCAGUCUCUUUCAAAACGUCGGUAUCAACGACCUGCGACUCGAGUCCAUUAAAGCCAGCAAGCCGGACAUGGCUGUGUCGUCCAAUUCUGCUCUGCCAAUCACCAUCAGCCAGGGCGAGGGCACGGUACCUCACCCUUCGACAGAGCAGAAGGACGCCGACAUCGCCAGUGCGAAUGUGGAGGGAGAGUGCGUGAAAUCGCCGGCGGUUCCUCGCAAAUCGCCCACCUCAGUAUCGCGUUUGUGCUUCCCCUUUGUGACCACUUCUCCUCCCCGCCGUAAAAAGCCCCAACCUCCUCCAUCUCCUCCCCCGCCUCCUCCCCCUCGCCACAAAUACUCAUGUCCUCCUUCAUUAAUGUCCCCUUUCCGCUACAACCAACGGAGUCCGACCCAACCUCGUCACCAUUACCGUCAACAUGGGCACUCGCGUCUCAGCUUCCAGCACACAAAGUGGUUCUGGGCGAUGCGGGAAGACCAGUUGGGCGGAGGCAGCAACGGCGCCUAUGACCCCAAUAAUGGCGCCUAUGGCGGCAUUUCCUCGGAUGCCCCUGUCAUGCCGACAGUCCAUCCCGCAGUGCUGUCGCGACCCCCGUCUCCUAUCACCUCUUCACAGAGCACCAUGCCCCCUAUAACGAUUCAUCCCCGGCGCGGAGACAUCUCUGCCUUACGUGACCCUUAUUCGACCCAUAUCGAUCGAUGCUUCGUUGGCCUACCGACCUGGACGAUCAGCAAGACCAUUUGGAUGCACGACCUUCAUCUAGCCAUGGAACAACGUCAGGCUGCAAACCAACAGCACGUGGACGAAGAACCUUCGGAUUACGAGUCGGAAAGCGAGCUCGAGACGUCAAUGUCGACCAGUUUCAGCGACGAUUCGGAUACGACACUCGUUGAAAGUGAAAGCGAGACGGACUUGUCGAGUUACUUCAGCUCGGCUUCCGGCGUCAAUUCGAAAGGCCAAGUAAUUUCUUCUCACGAUACUGAAGACGACUUUGUAGUUUCAUCGUCAGUGCCUUCGUCUAGGAGCAUAUCGCCCACCAUCACCGAACCAACACGCAAGUGGACACGGUCAUCGAAAGGGAAGCAAAUCGUAUCUCGCGACUUGGUCAACUCUAAACCAUCUUGGGCUACGAACUGGUAUCACCGCUGGGAUGUACUCGUGGACCUAUCUCGACGCAAGACUGAUCGGAAGCACGCCCACCUCGAAAUGACGCCUUUACGACCACCCUUGUCGCCUUCGGACCAAGAAGCCGUCGCCAGACAUCUUACGGAAUUGGAAAGCUUCGACGAUGAUACCUGGGACGCCCGCCUCGAAUCGGUAUAG